AUGAGACGACGGAACAACGGUUCGGCCGGCGGAGGUGGCGGUUGUUGCUGCCAGACCAGCACCAAGAGAACGGGCGUAGGACGCGGGGGUGGAUGCAACGACGCGGAUGGAAACGAACCGCCCGGAUGGUACAUUUACGCGACGGUCGCGCUGGUCGCCGUCGGUUGUUACCUGAACGCGUUAGGCGGUGAUUUCGUGCACGACGAUAUACCGGCUGUGGUCAGAAACAAGGACGUACUCGCCCAGACGACGUGGACCAGCGUGCUGAGGGACGACUUUUGGGGCACACCGAUGCACGACAUCAACAGCCACAAGAGCUACAGGCCGUUGACCACGUUGACGUUCCGGUUGAACUACCUGAUGUCAGGAUUAACACCGAGCUGGUAUCACGCGACGAAUAUUGCCCUGCACGCCAUUGCAUGCGUUCUGGUCACAAGGGUGAGCCUAGUUGUGGCAGCGCUGCGUCCUGGAUUUGCAGCUUUGACAGGGCUGCUGUUUGCUGCUCAUCCUGUGCACACUGAAGCGGUGACCGGCAUCGUGGGACGAGCGGACGUACUCGCCUGUAUCUUCUUCCUGUUGUCCUUUCUUGCUUAUCACGGGCAGCAGACGGCUUACUUGUGGAGCAGCGUGUGCCUCGGAACGCUGUCGAUGUUAGCCAAGGAGACCGGCAUUACUGUUUUGCCUCUAAACCUUCUUUACGACCUCUGUCGCUCCUGGCAUUCAAUCAAGAGAUCUAUUUUCGAGGCCAGGUGGAACGACGACUCCAAACAUUUUUCACGUCGCGCCGCUGCGCUACUAGUCUCGUUUGGUGUGCUGCUGGUCGUCCGACUCGCCCUCCUUCACGGCGCUUUACCGAAGUUCUCGCCGCAGGAUAAUCCGGCAGCUUUUCAUCCCUGUUUCCACGUCAGGUUAUUGACGUUCUGUUAUCUGGCAGCGCUGAAUUGCUGGUUGCUGCUCUGCCCGGCAACGCUCUCGCACGACUGGCAAAUGGGAUCCGUUCCUUUGGUCGCUUCGUUGGCCGACACCAGGAACCUGGCGACCUGCCUGUUCUUCGGCGGCUGUCUCAUCCUCACGUAUAAAGCCUUCACGGAUUUCGAGCAACAGAGGCACCCGCCUCUUCUUCUCGGUUGGAUGUUCCUGGUACUGCCGUUCCUGCCCGCAUCCAAUCUUUUUAUUACUGUUGGAUUCGUUGUCGCGGAACGAGUACUCUACAUACCUAGUGUCGGAUGGAUCCUGUUGGUCGUAUACGGAAUGCAAAUCAGCUGGACGGCCUGUCCACGCAGAAGAAGUCUGAUCACAACCGGGAUAGCGUUACUUCUGAUUUUGGGGUGUUACAAAACGGUUCUGCGAAACAGAGACUGGACGUCCAGGGAGACUCUGCUCAGAGCUGGCCUGCGGUCCCUGCCCCACAACGCCAAGAUGCAUUACAACUUCGCCAACUUCCUCAGAGACAUGUCGCAGCCGAACCGUGCGAUUCUGCAUUACCAGCUGGCCCUUUGGCUAUGGCCAACGUACGCCAGUGCGCAUAACAACCUCGGCACGCUGACGAUGGGCGACCAAGCGGAGCAACACUUUUUGGCAGCGAUUAAAGCUCAACCGGGACACGUGAACGCGCAUUAUAACCUUGGCCAACUUUACAGGAAAACGAACAGGACAGAGGAAUGCAUACGGAUGCUGCAGAAAUGCGUGUCGUUGGACCCGGCGUAUACGCCCGCGUAUUUAGUUCUGGCGCGAUUGGCGACAGGACCAGCGGCUGGUGCGCUUCUCAGACACGUUGUCCGACUGCAGCCCAGAAGUCCUGACCAUCUCGCGGAGUAUGCUUCCUGGUUGUACCAAAACGGCAAAUGGCUACCAUCUCUGAAGUACUAUCUGAAAGCCAUGGAGGUGUCGCCAUCCCACAGGGCGUCGCUUCUUGGAACUGUCAGGAUACUGAGGUCGCGGGGUCAAUGGCCGAGGGUGCAUCAACUCAUCACAAGAUGGCACCUGAUGCUACGAGCGAAACGGGGUGGGCUCAUAUAUCGGGGCGACCUUUACAUACGCGCGUGGCAGUUGCAGAGCGAAUCACGUCGUCGAGCACACCAGCAUCAAGGGAAUCUCUGCUUGUCGGAGGGUGGUUGUUCGACACCGCGUGUCGCCAGUGUGUCGGUGCAACUGGAGCAGGACAGCAACAAGUCGGAGCAGCUAGAACGGGCGCCCCGCUGUAACGUACGUACCUGUAGACAGCCAAGAAAGAGUAAAGCCAGGGUGACUGCGCCGGCCAUGCUGGUGCAGAAUCUUCUGGAGACGCUCUAGCUCCAAAGAACCUUCGGGUAACACGUCGAUUCCCAUUCUCGACCACUCCAUCGUUGACUGAAACGAGAUA